UUUUAAGCAUAUUUUAAAUGAUUUGUCCUGCUGCUGAUAGUUUUAUUUGUUUGCUUUUAUCUUUUGUUGCACAGUGAUACUAUACCUGAUGUGUAGAGUUAGCAGGACUUUCAUUGGGUUAUGUUUGCAACUGUUAGAGUAGAUGUUAGUUAAUUUACUUCUUGGUUAUUGUAAAGAAUUUAUGUAGAAAGUAUGGCCUUGUUCCAUUUCAUCUGAUUGGUAUUUUAUUGAACUACCUAGGAUGUGUCCUCUGAAAAGAACCAUGUUAAUAGCUGUUACUAUAAGUAAUUGAAAUAUAUGUAUUGCUUUACUUUUAGUAUUCACUGUUUUAAGUGAUUAUUCCUGGUAUGUAUGGAGUUUACACAUUUGUAUUUAUGUGUAAGUAUUGUUGAAACGUUGAUGUAGAUCUUGUAUGACCAUUCCACAGCCUAGAACUUUUUAUUCUUGCUUAAAUAAAAUGCUCGUAAAGAAGAUAUUGUAUAGAAAGUUAUGGAAGUUUAUUGGGGAAAUCACAAAUAGAUAUAUUAGUGGUAUUUAAAUCGAGCAUAUUUUUGAAUAACUUGAAAUAAAGAAGCAAGUUUUAUGUAGUGAAAUUGGUGGUGCAUGUGUGGUUUCAUUACAUGGUAUAACUUCUUGAGCUUGGAAAGAUGGGACUAUUACAUAGGAGAUGGUCAGAUUGCAUCAUCAAGAGCACCUGCCAACAGCAAAGCAAGUAUUAUGACAAACAAGUUUACUAAAAGUAGGUCAGACUGCUAUGGAAAGUGGUUCUUCAUCUUCCUGUAAUGAUAUCCUUCGUUAUCAGGCGUAUGAAACCUUGCCAAGGAGGAAGACAAUUUUCAAGGAAGCCGUUUUGCAGAUUGAUUUCAUCCCAUUCAGUGUAUACAGUUUUUUUCAAACGAGAGAAGUGGAAGAUUCCAAUCUUUUAUUGUCUUGUAUUUUGACAUUAAAUGAAAUCCACUUAAAUAUACCUAGCUUCCAUUUUUAAUUAGUAAACUUUCCUUUUUGGCACUACUCUUAAACUUUUUUUAAAUUAUUUUUUAAGAGAGCUUGCUUUUUUUAAAACUUUUUUUUUUAUUUCUGUAUUUUUUUUUCUUUUACACUUUUUCUUUUGCUAAGAAAUGCUUUACCUGAAAAAGUAUUUCACAGAGGGCUUGAUUCAAUUCACUAUCCUGUUGAGUCUCAUUGGGGUGAGGGUGGAUGUGGACACCUACCUGAGCUCUCAGUUUCCCCCACUACGAGAGAUCAUUCUGGGGCCCAGCUCAGCCUACACACAAACCCAGUUCCACAACCUCCGCAACACGCUGGACGGCUAUGGGAUCCAUCCCAAGAGUGUGGACCUGGACUACUUCUUCACCACUCGCAGACUGCUGAACCAGGUGCGCUCACUGGACCACCUGCGUGUACCCAGCACUGAGCUUAGUGCCUGGUUGGUGCACCGUGAUCCUGAAAGCGUUGUGUCAGUUGCUGGUCAGUCUAGCCCCAGCAUCGUACUGGACAAUGGCAACAGUCUGGAGGACGUAACCAACCCCGAGGGCUCAGCCAUGAGGGGUGGAGGCACUGAUGGGGAGAGCACACCUGACACCAGCUACAUCAUCAGCGGCGAGGAGAAUCUAGGGGCUGUGGCUCCCCAGGAUAACCAGGACCAGGGUGGCUGCGAUAGAGACAGCAACGAUGAUCUCACUAAAGAGGAUAUUGAUCUGAUUGACAUCCUGUGGCGCCAAGAUAUUGACCUGGGUGCUGGACGAGAGGUUUUUGACUACAGCAGCCGCCAAAAGGAGAGUGAAGUGGAUAAGCGCCCCCAAGAGGAGAAUGAGGAGGGUGUGGAAAGGGAAGAGAGCUGGAGGAAUGGACUCAACCUGCAAGGGGGGCAGACUCGCAUACGGGUGGAUGGCGAGACAGGGGAAAGCAUACCUGAGGAGCUGCUCAGCCUGGGGGCUCAGACCUCACUGUCCCUGCAGGAGUGCCUGAGGCUGCUGGAAGCUACAUUUCCCUUUGGAGAGGAGCCUGAGUUUACAGAUUCUGGGACUCCAGAGCUAAGGGGAUCUAGUCAUGAGGGCCCCUCCACCUCUCAAAGCCUCCUGCCCCCCCAGUUGCCCCAAGCUGAGCCUUCCCUUGACUUGGAACAGCAGUGGCAGGACAUCAUGGCCAUUAUGGAGCUGCAGGACAUGGAAGUGAACACCACUGCAGAUAACCCAUUCCUCAAUAAUAACACCAAUGGUGGCAGUAAUGACAGUGGGAUAGAGUCAAGCUCUUUGGUCACCUUUGGACUCUCAAAUCCUACUCUUAUUAACCAGAAUGUAAGUCUUCAUCAGGCUUCCUUGCCCAGCUGCAGCCAGGAGUUCCCAAAUUUCUUUGGCCCAGAGUUAGAUUCUCCAACCACACUUGAAGCUUCUGGCCCUCAUCAGCCUGCCCUGCUUAGCCUGUCAUCCAGCAACUCCUCCAACAUCAAUUCUACCUUUGGGGCCACUAACCUGACGGGUCUCUUCCUUCCACCCCUCCUCAAUGGCACCAGCAACAUCACCUGUACACCAGUGCUGCAGGAUCCUCUUAAUAGUCUACUAGAGGAAGCCAUGCUGGAUGAGAUUAGCCUUUUAGACUUGGCCAUGGAGGAGGGCUUCAGUCAGGCCCAGGCCUUUCAGCUUGAGGAUGAGCUGGACUCAGACUCUGGCCUCUCCUUGGACUCCAGUCACAGUCCUGCCUCACCCAGCAGCUCGGAGACCUCCUGUUCAUCCUCUUCAUCCUCCUCCUCCUCGACCACUUCAGCCACUUUCUCUGAGGAAGGCGCUGUAGGCUAUACCACCGACUCGGAAGCAACAUUAGAGUUAGAGGAAGGUGCUGUUGGUGGUUACCAGCCUGAAUACAGCAAGUUCUGCCGUAUGAGCUAUCAGGACCUCUCCCAGUUCCAGAAUCUUCCCCACCUGGAAAACAUUAGCCACAACCACACCUACAACCUUCCCCUGUCAUCCAGCUCAGACCCUGAACAUCAACAGCCACUUAAUACCGUGGGGAAGAAGACAAGCCGUGAUAAACAGCAGCAAGCUAAGCUUCAGUCCCCACAGGACUUCUUGGAUAAGCAGUCGAGCAGGGAUGAGCGCCGUGCUCGUGCUAUGAAGAUACCUUUCUCUAAUGAUAAGAUUAUCAAUCUGCCAGUGGAGGAGUUCAAUGAAUUGCUUGCCAAGCAUCACUUAAGUGAGGCCCAGCUGGCCCUUAUUCGGGACAUUCGCCGCCGAGGGAAGAAUAAAAUGGCAGCACAGAACUGCCGCAAGCGCAAGCUGGACACAAUCCUAAACUUGGAACAAGGGGUUGAUGACCUGCGCCGUACCAAGGCUAAGCUUCUCAAGGAGAAAAUGGAGUUUGUGCGUUCCAUCCGGCAGAUGAAGCAGAAGGUGCAGAGCCUGUACCAGGAGGUGUUCACUCAGCUGCGGGAUGAAGAUGGUCGGCCCUAUCCUGCCAGCCAAUACUCUCUUCAGUAUGGCCCUGACGGCAGCAUCCUAGUAAUGCCCCGUAGCAUGGUAACCGAGCAGACCCGCAAGCCUGAUAAGAAGCAGAAAGACAAAAAGAAGUGAUCCUGCAUCCUUUUCCUUUCGUGUACCACCAAAAAGGUUGAUGGGGUGAAUACUUUUACUUUGACCAGACUCAAAGAACAAGGAAUUUAACAAUUCUUCCUGCUUUUAGUUUUUCAGGAUUUUUGGCUCCAGUUCUUUCUUAACAGUAAACAACUGUGAAGCACAAGUGCUUUGUUUUCCUACACAUUUUGUUUUCGAGAAAUUAAGUGAACAGGAAGUAAACAAUUGAAAACAAAAGUUAGUGGAACUGUUCGGGAGUAAACCGUAACUGGAUCCUGCAAACUAAUUAGGCGGAAGAAUCUAUGGUCAUGUAAUGUAUGGCAUGUAAGUUUAGGAAGAAAGAGACUCAAUCAGCUUGAUUGAAUUUGCUUCAAACAGGGUAGACAUUGUGGGCCAGCUUUGAAGAGUACUUAAAUUGUUACUCUCCCAAAUAGUUGGCAGAUAUGCUAUGGUGGUACCCGUGAUGAGUUAGCAUGCCCACCCAUAAAGAAGGUGGAUUGGAAGACUAAGAUCUAAGGAUUUAGUUUGACCCAGAUCUGUAUGAAUCGCUUUUCAAAAAGUGAAGCGAAAGGUAGUGAUUCUCCUGAGACAUAAGCCAACGUUCACCAAAGGUUGUAUGGGGUUCCUUUUUUUUUUUUUUUUAAAUAAAAAGGACAACUUGCAGACAAUGCUGCAAUGGUUCAACCAUGCUAAUACUGCAAAAAGGACAGAGAUGCUGACAUUCUGUCAGAGACUUCAAAUGUAGUGCUCCUCCGACUCAAGGAUCUCAGAGGCCAUUUAAUGUGGAAGCGGGGAGAUGAACAGAGAAGUCAACUGCUUCAUGGACAUGCUAGGCCGAGAAAAAGCAUGGCUUAAUUGGAGACUGGACUAAAAGAAGGAAAAAUAUACGAGGAAGCACACAUCGCAUUACAGAUAUAAAAGCCUUUGUUUAUUUGUAUGUACCACUGUUGUCUGUUUGCCGCUUCGACCAUGGUCUGCUGGUCUCUCUCCAUAUCUCUGUCGCAACUCCCAUCACUUUAUUGCAUCGUAUCAGGCAUUUCCUGCACUUACUGCACUAGAUUUAAAGGCAAGCGCUGGUCCUUGGGCAAAUCUCCCAUACGGUAUCACACAGACCACUUAGAAUGGACCGGACUGUGCUUUAGAUCAAUACCCUAAAAAGGUGUUGCACGUCUUAAUAGAGCACCUUUUGAGAGAGGUUUUUGGGGAUGGCCAGCCAGGCCCUUGUUCGUUGCGUUUGUUAGUCCCAGAGCACUGAAGUUCCGUUCUGCUGUAUUGUCUAGCCAGUUUGAAUACUGUGAUGAUACUUUCUAUGAAUUAGGAUAGAAGCCAGUGCACCACCACCUAACAUCUCCAUCUCCCUGUAUGUGGGGCAUGGAGCCCUGUGCCUUACGUUAUCUCUCCAUCGGUAGCCUCCUUAUUGAGUACUUGUAUCAUGUUAUCCUUUUUGAGUGAACCUAUGCACCAUAAAUUAACAUGAAGAAUACAGAAGAUGAAGGCUGUCUCUCUCUAUUUUUUAACCUAACAGUUGAUCUGCAUAUUAAACGAUUUAAUUUGCCAGUUUUCAAAUGGAGAAGAAAGCCUGUAUUGAUUGAAAGGGCAGUCAGUCCUUUCAAGAUACUUUGCUAGAUAGUACUUCUGAUUGUUAUGGAUAGAAAUAAAGUAAAGCACUUUUUUGCUUGCAUGUGUAGAGGCAGAAACAUCAGGAAAGGACAUGAUGCAGAGUGUAUGUAUUUAUAUUAAUGCAGUGUUAAUUUUAUUGUUUGUCCGCUGACAGGCUGCUGGAGGAUGGCACAUAUUACAGACAUACAUGCUUAUUGGAGACGAAACAAAUUUGUGACUUAGGUUAUUUGGAAGUGGGUCUGUUCUCAUUUCCCCAGCCUACUUCCUGGUACCCUACCACACAAGCCUGGUGGUAGUUUAGGAUAAGCUACUUUUUGUUCACAGGGCUUGGUGUUGUGUUCUGCGGGAUACUGAGAAUAGUGUUUUGUCGUCAAACUACACUGCAUAUUUGCAUUCCAAAGGAUUAGCUUGGAUAGCUUGUAAAAGUCAGUGCAAGCACUCAAAUAGCUAUGCUCAGUAACUUAUAGGCGUCAGUUUAAUUGUGAGGUUGUCUGUCAAGCCUGCAUUUGUUAUGUUAAGUGCUUUUUUCCUGUAGUACUAAGGAGGUUAUGUCACUCGCUAUAAGAAAAAAAGGAAUAUAAAUGAGUAAGAUUAGCUUUAGCAAGUAUAAGAGCGAGUCAUUCGCUUGAAUUGCAUAUAAAUCCAUAAUUUAAUCUUCAUUAUCAUCACCAGCCCCACAUCGGUCAGUGCGUUUUUUGUUUUAAAUGAAAUGUCUGAAGUGUAAAUACAAUUAUUGCAGUAAAAGGAAAUGAAUUGCUGAUGUCACAUGUUUCUGUCUUUAUUUUGGGGGGAAAAAAUCAACUAAGGCAAAACACUGGAUGAUUGAUGGAUGAUUGGAUGAAUGGAUACUACAGGGUUUGUGUUUUGUCAAAAAAUAAUGAAAAUAUUAAAACCAACAAAAAUGGAAAAAAAUCUCUGAAUUGUGUGUAUUUGAAGAAUUCACUCAAUAUACUUUCCAAAGCAAUUAAUUUUUUUUCCUCAUUUUGUCACCAUUUGUUCACUUUGUCCUUUGUUUUGUAUAUAUUUUAUUGUUCUGUGUUUUCUUCUUUUCAUAUUCUUAAAGUAUUCUGUUUAAUUUUGGUUGUACAUUUUUCGUUUCUGGUUUACUUUGAAAUGUUUUGCUGGCAAUCUGGGAUUGUUUUAAUCAUUAAUAUAAUUUUUAUUUUCUUUGACCAGUGAAUUGUGCUGUUAAAAUAUGAAAUGUAUUCCCUAAGGAAAUAAUUGGUUUACAGGAGUCUUUUCUAUUAGAAAUAUUCUUUUUCACAGUUAUUAUACUAAUGCAGUUAUGAGUAGUCAGCUGUGCUGUGACUCAGAUUUUUCAGAAAUGCAGUUGCCCUGUUAAAGCCAAUGUUUAGCUUGAAUUAUUCUAACAUCUGUAUUUUCAUGUUGAAUUUUGAAUUUCAUUUGAAUUUUAGUUUUUGGGGAAGGCUUCAAAAACCGCAAACUUCCAAAGAUGAAAAUCUUCCUUUAAAUCACAAAACACUGGAUUUUCGUAGUGGUGUGGAAUGGUGUGCAGGAGAGAGUGGGAUGAAGAAAGGAGAGUGGCAUAAUUUAGCCCAGAUCUUCACCACCAAGGGAAAAGGUGGUGUAGUAAUUUAUCAGUGGUCAAUGGUUUAAUUGUUAUACAUCAGUAGUUCUAUUCCAACCAUGAAUUGAUUGGGCUGUUAACAUGGACAGGUAUAGAUAUUGUAUCUGUUAACAGUGGAAUGAUCUUUAAAGAAAAAAAUGUUAUGGGUAUGUUUGUGCAAAUAAACAGUUAAAAGUG